AUGAAAUUGUUCGUCGAAUCAUUCUGUCUGCCGUUUGCCGAUGAUGAAAUUUCGAUGGAAAAAUCUUUGGUAGAUAUCACCACUGAGCUUCUAGAGGAGGUCUUUCGCUACCUCGCUUGUUGAAUCAUCACCGUUGAAACUCGCCUUCAUAGCACUUUAACAUCAGCACGUGCGGAAAUUUUAUGCUCUCCAUAUUCCCUUUCUCUUCGAUGUAAACAAAAACGGACCGAGCGAACGUGAAAAAGGCUAAGUUGGGUGCAAGAGAAUCCCAGUGUUUUCCUGGUCUUCAACAAAAAAACAAAAUAGAGAUUAGAGAACAUUGGAGCAGAGAACAGUGCAACCCCUUCGAAAUGAGGGCUAUUUUGGACGAAAAGACCGGAGUAAGUGUUUCAACUGACAAAAAGAAUAUCCCAUGUGCAUUUGACGACUUCAUAUUGCGUGUUGAAUGUUGAUGACCUCCGGCAAAAAUGGAAAAAUCACCUUUCACGUCCCAGUUUUGGCCUGCAAUGCCUCCAAUUUGUCAUCAUUACUUGAAAAUUUCCAAAGGACACGUGCACAAGUUGAAAUGGAAUUUGUUUUCAUGAUCCUAAGACGUUUGGGAACUUGCUCAUGUGUCUAUUAUGAUGUUAAUCUUUUGUGAUGCAAUCUUGCACCUUCCCAGUCCAACUUGUUUAUUUUCUCCUCCAAAACAUUCUGGAAACCUCUUUUCGCGAAAAAUGAUAUGCAAAGAGGAAAGUCUUUUGAUCUACGGCCUACUCAAGCGUUCCAGAACAAACUCUAGAUCCAAACUUACAGCAGAACUGAGCUUUGCAAAAAAAUUAAACUGUAGGAUAAAGCACGUAAUGAUAAUAAAAAUAUUUUAAUUCAACGAACAUUUAUGUCGGUGCCGGAAUCAUUGGUAACAACAUAUUGCGAAGGGAACGUUCGCUUUUCUCUGCCACUCUCUCGCUCUACCGUUCUCUAUCUUCAUCCGAGUUGUUUACGCCGUUCUUUCUCGAAGCUCCGCCCCAAAUUCAACGGGAUGUUUCCUGAAGUUUCGGUGGCCCUAUAAAAGGGCACAGUGCUGCGAGUCGUCACAGGAAAAACUUCCGCGUUUUAGAGUACAACACUUCAUGCCUUUGGGUGGCGCCAAUCCGUCGCUCCUAUUACGGCCAUGACCCCUUCCAUGAGUUGGACCGAGUGAUGGGCACCGUCCUCGACACGAUCCAGCCCGCCCUGAACGAGGCCGGACGUUUGAUUCCGGCGAAUGUGGCCGGCUCCAGCCUCACCUACAGCAAGGAGGGAGAUCUGACGUUCGCCUGCGACACCCAGGGCUUCAAGCCGGACGAGUUGAAGGUGGACAUUCAGGGCCAGACCUUGCUGGUGUCGGGAAAACAUCAGGAGGAGAAGGAAGGCGAGAAGUUGGAACGUCAUUUCCAACGCGCGAUCCGUUUGCCGAAGCACGUGGACUUGGCUCAGAUCAAGUCGGAGCUGGACGAACAGGGCAAGUUGACGGUGUUGGUGCCGAAAGUGGUUCAGCCCGACCCGAAGCCGACCAGCAUCCCAAUCCAGGUGAAGAAGGCUGUCGAGGACAAAAAAUAAAUGAGGUAAGAUUCUAAGAUGUGACAAUUUUAGUUUAAGUUUAAAGUUAACAUUGUAAUUUCUUUGAAUUAGUUAAGCUGAGAAAAUUUUAUUUACACAGUAUUAAACUAUCUCAUUUUAGCCCUUCAUGGAUCAAAGUUCAGCCGGUUCUCUUAUUUCCCUCAAUCUUCGGUAA